GUUGGGCUCGUCACACCUUACUCCACGACCGAGUAUGGUACUCGAUGAUGUUCCAAUACGGCCAAAAAGGCCAGCCAUGACGGGGGCGUAUUCACGUAGCCUGAGCAUUGGAAACGAGCUAUCAACUGGUGGGAACCGUCAGCUCCAAGGGUUCUUACUCGCGGACAAUGAGCCCUCCAACUCCCGACCACUCACAAUCAACUCACCAGGGAGGCUCGAAAAGAGCCAAGAUCAGGACAUGACAAGAAACUGUACUGAAUCGUCAAUCGAACGCUAUACAUACCCCGACACAUUCCAUGCCUCAUCAUCGUCCACGUCUUCAGACUUCCAAAAAAGUGAAUCGGGGGCUUCAUACAGCACUGAGCUUAGCACCGCCCCUAGCACCAGCCCCAGCCCUAAAUUAACCUCUCAGCAGUUGCCUUUGCCAGAAGUAAAGGUCGAUGGGUGUGUUUCGUUAGAGACACAUGAAGUAAACCAGCCUGUUAGCCGAGAUGACCCGUACCGGAAUCCGGUACAGAUCCCUGGAUGUCUGCCGCCAACGUUUGUUUAUCCCCAUAGUAGCUCAUCCAUACGCGAGUCAUAUCAUGACAGAUUCCGGGAGGUUGUAAACCUGUUCCGACGAAACACAUACGAGGACCCGAAACUACGAGAGAGCAUGCGGUUCAUUGAUUAUACACUGAAGCUAUGCGGGACCUCACCAGCAGAUGCCCGCCCGUCUAUCCUUGCCUUUUGCCGAAAAGGCGAUUUCAAGGCACUCAACCGACUCUUGACUAAUAAGGAGCUCAAAUACCAAUACUGUCUUCGUCGAUCGUCUUGGAGGCCAACGUGGUUGGGGCAAGAAACUGCAGCUAGCACCACGAGCGACAAACCGUUGUUUAAUCUGUAUUUCUGGCGCCAGGGCAGACCGAGAAGUCUCUUCUGGGGAAAAUGCCACGCUCAAGUACACGACAGCCGAAUCAACGCGUACGCUGAGAAAGAAGGAAGGCCUUUGAUAUGUGGCUCCAUUGUUGAGAUUCGCAUCAAGGACAUCCAGUUUUCGACCCUUGGUUGCACAUUGCAGAUUGGUUCUGAAUGGUACACGACCACAUCAAGGCAUGCGUUUAGACAUGCAUUCGGGCCACCCACAUCAGCGGAACAUUUCGAUGGGGAGUCGGAAUCCGUUGUUUCUAUCACAAAGCCAGAGACAGAACCUGGAAAAGAGGAUGACCGAAUUUAUGGCUCUGAGUCAGAUCCUUCUGAUGCUGGCGCAGAAGAUUAUUUAAUAGAUGAUAUUGAAUAUGAAAGCCUCCUCGAAGACGACGAGGAAGACGACUGGGAUGAGGAAGAGACCCAAACUGCACUUGAUAGCUACUGGGAUAAGAUCAAUUCUACGCAUAGAAGAGGCCAAGACGGGGCGGUUGAGGAGGCACCUGUGAUCUUCAUAACGUCGGAGGAUCUCGACAAAUCUGGCGACCUUGACUUGGACUGGGCCUUGCUCAAAUGGGAGAAGCCUAAUGAGCAUAUGUGGGUUCCAAAUACAUAUGGUUCACCCAGCUUGCCAAGUCCCAUCCUUCUGUCUAAGGUUUCCCAAUCUCAGCCGGUGAAGGAAACUUCAGUUUUGGUACUAACAAGUCGCCAAUCGCCACAGCAUGGUGUGCUACAGCCUGGCGCUGCCAUGCUGGGUGGCAUAAGUGGGAGACAAUCAUCCAUAGCAUGGAUUGUUUUAUUGAAUCAGAAGAGGAGUCUCACAUAUGGUGAUUCUGGAGCGCUUGUCAUUGACGCGUUGACGAACGACAUCUAUGGUCAUGUGAUUGGGUCCAAUCCUUUAGGCGAAAUAUACAUCAGCCCAUUCGUCUCGGUAUUGCAGCAGAUUCGACAGAAGUUUCCUGGGCAAGGCCUGUCACUACCGGGGCCCCCUCAAAUGAACACCAAUACCUCUGCUACUACGGACGACAUCAUCGAACUUUAUCAUUCACUGCCAGAGCUGCCAAAGGGCAAGGGCUUACCCAUAUUGGGUGAGUCGAGCCAGCCACAUUGGACUACUACACCAAAGUCCAAGGCUGGACGGCUUCAGUACGACAGUAUAGAAGAGGUUGAAGAAGAAAACUUCGAAGAGUCACAGUCUGAAGCCAUUUCUGGAGGCGAUACACAUCUUAGAGUUACCCGUGUUUAUCCAUAUCCGGAUGAGCCUCAUGUUGCUAUCAACUUUGGGCCUACUAGAACCGUUUUUGGGGUUCAGAAUCACUCUAUAGCAGAACUUGAUGAUUCAUAUCUUCCAACUUCUAGGCCAUCCUCAGCCUCAUCGAAUACUUCUGCCUAUCGUCCAUCUUCGGGAUCUCUUCUUUCCCCAAGAGAUGCCUAUUACCGGCAAGCUCAGGAUUCUCGAGUUAGCAGUCUUGAGGAAAGUAAGAAGUAUCGAGAUAUACCACCUCCUGGUGCUGUGCCCACAGCUACUACCACGGACCUAGUGAGAACUAGGGGGGAUAGUAGUUCACCUCCUCCUCAUUACGGGUCACCUCCUACCGCCCAGAGAUUGGCUCAAAGGCAUUCCAGCGACGGGGGUUUCUCGCCAUCAAGGAGACGUGAUAGACCUGAGUCUCUCUACCAAUCUCGUUUCGAGAAUCGUAAUGAAGCCCAAAGCGAAGGACGUUACAGUAUUUAUACACCGUCGGCUAGUUCCUAUGACGGACCCCCAAUAGCUGUCCCAAAUCUGCGUGAGCCUCGAGGAGAGCUACUUCAUGAUAGGAACGUAUCAUAUGGGCAAGAUUACCAAGCUAGGAAGACCCCAGAUGAUAGCCUUCUUGUCCACAUGGAUAUUCUAAGAGGCAUCAGAACACGACAUGACCCGUACUCGGGAAGCAGACCGAUUGAUCAUCAGCUCUAUCCUCGGGCGAGAGACCCAGGCACGAUGGAACCUGAAAACGAAAACAAAUAUGCAGCUGCGAUGAAUUACCAAGAAUAUGUCGACAGUUCGAUACCUCUUACAGCCGAAGCUCUAUGGAGGGCGAGGAAUGCGAGGGGCAGUGGAUCAAAUAGAAGAAGUACUACCAGCUACGCCACGAGCAGAAGUUCCGCUAGUAUCAGGACAGGCCGUACCUCCCAAGGCUACGACACAGAUAUCACAGCUCCUUCUGAAUAUGGGGGAAGUGAUGCAGGUACCCUAAGGAGUCAGCGGUCUUCCAUCGAUAACGAUAUUGGUAUAUCAGCCGCACGGCGUUUUCAGAGGGCUCCAGGGGUACGUCAAAGUCUUGGAGAUUCGCUUCAAAGACUGCGGGCGGAGUACAACCGAUCACCUCCUGAUGGGAUGUUCUCGAGACAUGAUAAUCCCAGGCCAAAGAAUACCCGGAACUUGCAUUCGACGACACAAGAUGAUGCGGGCCCUGAGUCCCGUAUCGAGAGGGCUCGGAGAGCAAAUGCCGAACACCAAGACCCAACCAAGAUC